AUGAAUAGAUCGCUUCAAAAUAAAACUGUGGCUGUCGUGGGAGGAGCUCAAGGUAUAGGAAGUGGAAUAGCUGACUGGUUCCUACUCCAUGGAGCAAAAACUGCCAUUCUACUGGACAUGAACGACAUACAAGGACCAAAAACUGUAGAAAUGCUGACAGAAAAGCAUGGGAAGGACAAAGCUGUGUUCAUAAAGUGUGAUGUCACAACUGAUCUUGAGACAGUUCCAAAACUAAUUAUUGAAACUUAUAAUACCAUUGAUGUAUUAGUUUUGAGUGCUGGUAUACUUCCUACUUUGGAUUGCAGAAAAAUUAUGAACAUAUACGCCGCAUCUGUUGUAGAAUGGUCUAUGAAGUUCUACGAUCAUAUGAGAAAGGACAAUGGGGGAAGCGGUGGAACGAUCAUAACUAUAUCUUCAAUAUUUGGUUUUAGACCAGCGCCCUAUGCUCCAGUGUAUCAAGCAGCCAAGUAUGCAGUGUUCGGAUUCACGAAAUCUUUGGGUCAUCUUGAUAAUUUUCACAAAACUGGAGUACGUGUUUUGGGACUGUGUCCAGGGUUUACCGAAACGGCACUCACUACGAAAUUAAGAGAUCCGAAACUACAGAAGGAGUUACCGGAAGAUUUAGUGAAAUUCGCAAACUCUCUUCCUUGGCAAACUAUUGAGGAUGUUGGUAAAGCAGCAGUGGAAGUGUAUGAACAAGCUGACAGUGGGACAAUGUGGCUGA